CCAAUCCAUUGAUGGAAAGGAAAUGUGAACACCACACUCUCGCCACUUUCGUCAGCAAUCCAGCUGGACGUCGGAAAAAGCCGGUCCAACGUUUCUCUGUCCUGUUCAACGUUCCUGAAAUUUGAAACUGAAAUUUAAUUGAAGUCGUUCAUCUCCACCCACUGGAGAACAAGGAUGGAGCGGAAGAGUAAUGUGAAGCUGCUUGCUCUGAAGAAAAUCGAACAGGAGGUUCAGGCGAGAUGGGAGGAAAACGAUCUCUGCAAAAAGGACGCACCAGCGUCCGUCAAAGCCUCGUACAUCAGCGUGGACACGGAUGGAAAUUUUUUCUCUCUCGUGGACCAGGCCAAAGCUAGACGAAAAGCGGCCGAUCUGGCUCGUGGGAAGGAGACGAAGGAGGGAGGGAAGAAAAAGAAGUGGAAACAAGAACCAAAACCGAAAAAACCAGAAGUUGUCACGACUUUAGUUGACUACCAUCCCGGAAAGAGUAAGUUCUUCGUCUGUUUCCCUUAUCCGUACAUGAACGGUAGGCUCCACUUGGGCCACACAUUCUCUCUUUCGAAAUGUGAAUUCAUGGCGAGAUAUAAGACCCUGCGAGGUUACGAUGUCCUCUUCCCGUUCGGAUUCCACUGCACUGGAAUGCCCAUUAAGGCUUGCGCGGACAAGUUGGAGUAUGAAAUGAAGACAUUUGGAAAUCCUCCCAAUUUUCCAGAGGAGGGGGAAGAGGAGGAAGUAGUUGUGAAGGAGGAUAUUGAAACUUUGAUGAGUAAGGAUAAGUCGAAAGGGAAGAAGAGCAAGGCUGCUGCAAAAACUGGGAGUUCAAAGUGGCAGUGGAACAUCAUGCUGAGUAUGGGUAUUCCCAGCGACGAAGUGGCGAAAUUUGCAGAUCCUCAACACUGGCUGACGUAUUUUCCUCCAUUGGCGAUUCAGGAUUUGACCAGGAUGGGAAUAUAUACUGACUGGCGGAGAUCAUUCAUCACGACUGAUUCGAACCCAUAUUACGAUAGCUUUGUUCGAUGGCAGUUUAAUUUGUUGUACCAGCGAAAGAAGAUCGAUUAUGGGAAGCGCUACUGUAUCUACAGUCCUAAAGAUGACCAGCCAUGUAUGGACCAUGACCGUUCGACUGGAGAGGGUGUAGCUCCUCAAGAGUACACAUUGAUAAAACUGAAACUGGAAAAUCCGUUCCCUCCAUCCCUUCAAAGUUUGGUGGAGACUGGAGUUUUGAAACCGAAUGAGGAAGUUCAUUUGGUCCCAGCAACACUGCGUCCUGAAACUAUGUACGGACAAACCAACUGCUGGAUCCAUCCAACUAUUCAAUACGUUAUUAUUCGAACGAUUUCUCAUGGGGUAUUUAUUUGCUCCAAGCGCAGCGCCAGGAACAUGAGUUAUCAAGGUUUCUUCGAAAAGCCUGAAGCUGGUAGUGGUGGUGUUCCCACUCUUGGAAAUAUUUUGGGAGUGGAUUUGAUCAAUUGCAUGGUCAGUUCAAAACUCAGCCAUUACAAAACCUUUCGCAUUCUGCCUCUCCUCUCUAUAAAAGAAGAUAAGGGAACGGGCGUAGUAACUUCCGUUCCUGCAGAAGCUCCCGAUGAUUUUGUUGCGUUUGAAGACGUGAAAACUAACAAAGCUUUCUGUGCCAAAUACCAAAUUGAUAUGAAGGACUUGGAAUCAAUAGUGCCGGUUGCUGUUUGCGAAAGUGAAGAACUGGGAGAAUUUCCUGCCGUCAAAGUCUGUACUGAAAUGGGAAUCACUUCCCCAAAUGAUAAAGAGCGCCUUACUCUAGCCAAGGAGAAGGUGUAUCUGAAGGGAUAUUAUGAAGCAAAGAUGUUUGUCGGGGAGUUUAAAGGGGAAAAGGUUCAAGAUGUGAAAAAGAAGAUUCAGGAGAGCAUCAUCAAAAAUCAAGACGGGGUCAAGUAUAUGGAACCAGAGAAAGAAGUAAUUUCUAGGAGUGGUGAUGAGUGCGUGGUCGCUUUGUGUGAUCAAUGGUUUCUCAAUUACGGUGAUGAGGAAUGGAAAAACCAGACUCGAACCCACCUGACCUCGGUGGAACUCUACCAUGACGAGGUUCGCAAAAACUUUGAGGCCACCUUGGACUGGCUUCAAGAGCAUGCUUGUUCACGAACGUACGGACUCGGAACGAGACUUCCGUGGGACCCAAAGUGGCUCAUCGAAUCACUUUCUGAUUCCACAAUCUACAUGGCGUAUUACACCGUAAAGCAUUUGGUUGAAGGAACUUCCAUUUUUGAAAGGAACGGUCUCCCCCUGGAACUUUUGACGGACGAAGUUUGGAGUUAUAUUUUCUUCUUCGACUCCCCCAUCCCCGAUAAAUGUGGAAUUGAUUGUAUGGUGCUGAAUAACAUUCGAAACGAGUUUCAUUACUGGUAUCCGGUGGACUUGCGAGUCUCGGGAAAAGACUUGGUGCAAAACCAUUUAACUUAUUUUCUGUAUAACCAUCUUGCAAUUUGGCCCAAGGAUCCGUCCAAGUGGCCAAAGGGAAUCAGGGCAAAUGGGCAUCUUUUACUCAACUCUGAAAAAAUGUCCAAAUCAACCGGAAACUUUAUGACUUUGUACGAGGCUCUGGAUACCUUUGGCGCAGAUGCUAUGCGAUUCUGUUUGGCUGAUUCUGGCGACUCUAUAGAGGAUGCCAACUUCGUAUCUUCCAUUGCAGACGUCGCCAUUCUCCGUCUCACCGCUUUUAUCGAUUGGGCAUCGGCAUUUUACGCCGAUAAAGAAAAGUACCGGAAAGAAGAAAUUGAAGAAGAAGUAGAAGAAAAAGAAAUGGAAAAAGAAGAAUACAAAGGAUUAGUGAAACCAAAACCAAAACCAAAACCAAAAGAACCCGAGUACCUCUUCGCAGAUGAUUACUUUGAAAACUUAAUGCACAAGUUCAUUCAAGAUACGGCGGCAAAUUACGAGAAAAUGUUAUUUAAAGAAGCCUUGAAGACGGGAUUCUUCGAAAUGCAAACUGCUCGUGACAAGUACAGAGAGCUGGUUGGUGGCGAAGAGAAGAUGUACAUGGAGUUAAUUGAACAGUUUAUUACGUUCCAAGCACAAAUUUUGUGCCCAAUUUGCCCUCAUGUCGCGGAGCAUGUUUGGGCAAAUAUUUUACAGCUCGAUACCUUUGCGGCAACCUCAAUUUGGCCGAUGGAUAAGUUAGUUAAUCAAAGUAUUCUCGAAGCUGGAGAGUACGUCUUCUCGUCUGCGCGUUCAUUCCGACAACGUUACGGCGCUUAUAUGAAUACACUUGCGAAGAAGAAGGGUAAAGAUGGCGUGAUGGAGAAACCAACUCACGGUUAUAUUUGGUACGCCAAGACAUAUCCCGCAUGGCAAGCUACCAUUUUGGACCACCUUUCUCAGAGUGUGAAAGACGGAGCACUUCCCGACAACCGAACUAUUGCUGUCGAAUUGGGAAAGAUACCUGAACUCAAAAAGUAUCAAAAGAAAGUGAUGCCAUUCGUUCAAUUCGUGAAAGAACGAGUGGAGAAGACAGGAAUUGAAAUCGGACUGAAACAAGCCUUAGAUUUUGAUGAAAAGAAAGUCCUCCUGGACAAUCGGACAUAUUUCUUGUCUAACCUCAACCUUGAGCGGAUUGAAGUUCUUUCUGCGGAGGAUUGUAAAGAAGAGAAAAUCAAAGACGAAUGUAUUCCUGGACAGCCUUAUAUUACUUACGCCAGCGGAUUCAGUAGAAACCUAUACUUGACUAAUCCCCAGCCUCAUUCAGCUCGUCACUCUGGAAGAAUCAUUAUACUCGAUGGGGAUGAUAUAAGCCAUCUCAAGGCACGCAUGGUGUCUACGAAAUUAGUUAAACCAUCUACUCAAGUCGAAUUUUUCCGCUACAAAUACCCGGACCUUGGCCCUCGUAAAAUCCCCGACGCUCAUCUCAUGAAAUCGGAAGAUUGGCUCUGCAAACUGGAAGAGUCUGACAAGAUCUCUUUCACUCCGGAAGAUGAAACGACCUACGUUACAGUGACGGUCGAUGGGAAAGAAACCAAAACGGUACUGGGAGCUCAUGCCGUCUAUCGCGUCGAACUUAUCCAUUAAUAAGGCAUAUUUUGUUACUUGUUAAAUCCAAAACUAAAUUAUAUGUUAAGGAUUUGUUCACUAUAUCUAUAUUGAUUAUAAUCUAAAUUCUGUAUGUAUGUAUGUAAGUACAUAUAAAAAAUUAUUAGUAUUGUAUGUUUAUGUACAUGUAUGUAUACAUUGUUUGUACCGGUAAGAUGAGCCCUAAAACACUUGAAUAAAAAUUGAAAAAUUAAAACUUUA